CCGCUCACACUUCCCCAGGCUAUAAAAUCAAUUGAAGCAGCCUUCUUGCUGUUGUGCACCAUUCCUUCCACGAAUUCCCUCUGAUUUUCUCUGAAAACAUGUAUGUGGUGAAGAGAGAUGGGCGUCAAGAGACUGUGCAUUUCGAUAAGAUCACUGCUCGAUUGAAGAAACUCAGUUAUGGACUUAGCAUUGAACACUGUGAUCCAGUGCUUGUUUCCCAGAAGGUGUGUGCUGGUGUUUACAAGGGAGUUACCACAAGCCAGCUUGAUGAACUUGCCGCGGAAACCGCCGCUGCCAUGACUGCUAACCAUCCCGACUAUGCUUCCUUGGCUGCAAGGAUUGUUGUCUCGAAUUUGCACAAGAACACCAAGAAAUCAUUUUCUGAAACAAUCAAAGAAAUGUAUGCACAUGUCAGCGAGAGAUCUGGUCAGAAAGCCCCCCUUAUAGCAGAUGAUGUUUAUGAAAUCAUCAUGAAGCAUGCUACUAGGUUGGACAGCGAGAUUAUAUAUGACCGGGACUUUGACUAUGAUUAUUUUGGUUUUAAAACCCUUGAGAGAUCUUAUCUUUUGAAGAUCCAAGGGAAAGUUGUUGAAAGGCCUCAGCAUAUGCUGAUGAGGGUUGCGGUUGGGAUUCAUAAGGAUAACAUUGAUUCUGUAAUCAGGACUUAUCAUUUGAUGUCACAAAGGUGGUUCACUCAUGCUUCUCCCACUCUCUUCAAUGCUGGAACACCAAGGCCCCAAUUGAGUAGCUGCUUUCUGAUAUGCAUGAAAGAUGAUAGCAUUGAGGGAAUAUAUGACACUUUGAAGGAAUGUGCUGUUAUCAGCAAAUCAGCAGGAGGAAUUGGUGUCUCUGUUCAUAAUAUCCGUUCAACUGGAAGUUACAUACGUGGAACAAAUGGUACAUCCAAUGGCAUUGUUCCAAUGUUGCGUGUCUUCAAUGAUACUGCCCGUUAUGUUGACCAAGGAGGUGGCAAGAGAAAGGGUGCGUUUGCUGUUUAUUUGGAGCCAUGGCAUGCUGAUAUCUUUGAGUUUCUUGAUUUGAGGAAGAACCAUGGAACGGAAGAGCAGCGGGCUCGGGAUUUGUUUUAUGCUCUUUGGGUACCUGAUCUCUUUAUGAAGAGAGUCCAGAGUAAUGGCACUUGGUCUCUGUUUUGUCCAAAUGAGGCUCCAGGUUUGGGUGAUUGUUGGGGUGAGGAGUUUGAGCGCCUCUAUACCCAAUAUGAAAGACAGGGGAAAGCUAAGAAAGUGGUCCAGGCACAGGCUCUUUGGUUUGAAGUUCUGACGGCUCAGAUAGAAACUGGGACCCCUUUUAUGCUCUUCAAGGACUCCUGUAAUAGAAAAAGCAACCAGCAGAAUCUUGGUACCAUCAAGUCUUCAAACCUGUGUACCGAGAUUAUUCAGUACACAAGUCCAACAGAAACUGCUGUAUGUAAUCUGGCAUCCAUUGCGUUACCCCGAUAUGUGCGAGAGAAGGGGAUUCCAGCAGAAUCUCAACCAUCAAAGCUUGUUGGUAGCAGAGGUUCUGGCAACCGCUACUUUGAUUUUGACAAACUAGCUGAGAUCACAUCAAUCGUUACCAGAAAUCUCAACAACAUUAUAGAUGUAAACUAUUAUCCAGUUGAAACUGCAAAAAGGUCAAAUUUACAGCACAGGCCAAUUGGUAUUGGGGUCCAGGGUCUUGCAGAUGCUUUCAUAUUGCUUGGCAUGCCAUUUGAUUCACCAGAGGCUCAACAGUUGAACAAAGACAUAUUCGAGACAAUAUAUUACCAUGCUCUGAAAGCUUCAUCUGAGUUAGCCGAAAAAGAAGGCACUUAUGAAACAUACAAUGGCAGUCCUGUUAGUAAGGGAAUUCUCCAACCAGAUAUGUGGGGGGUAACUCCUUCGGAUAUGUGGGACUGGAAUGCUCUCCGUUCAAUGAUAGCCAAAAAUGGAGUACGGAAUUCACUACUUGUUGCUCCCAUGCCAACUGCUUCAACAAGCCAAAUUCUUGGAAAUAAUGAGUGUUUCGAGCCAUACACAUCCAAUAUGUACAGUCGCAGAGUUUUAAGUGGCGAGUUUGUGGUGGUGAACAAGCAUUUGUUGCAUGACUUAACUGAGAUGGGCCUUUGGUCUCCCACUGUUAAGAAUCAGAUUGUCAUUGAGAAUGGUUCUGUUCAGAAAAUUUCUGAAAUUCCCCAAGAUCUGAAAGCUAUUUACAAAACUGUGUGGGAGAUCAAACAAAAGACGUUGGUUGAUAUGGCUGUGGAUCGUGGAUGCUACAUAGACCAGAGUCAAAGUCUAAACGUACAUAUGGAUCAACCCAACUUUGGCAAGCUUACUUCGUUGCACUUUCAUGCUUGGUCCAAGGGGCUUAAAACAGGGAUGUACUAUUUGCGAUCACGUGCUGCAGCUGAUGCAAUCAAAUUCACUGUUGAUACUUCCAUUCUCAAGGAAAAACCAAAGAUAGCAGCGAGCGAAGAAGAUGAUAACACCAAAAUGUCACAGAUGGUGUGUUCGUUGAUGAACCGUGACGAAUGUAUGGCUUGUGGAAGUUAGAUUAAUUAUACCUGAUUAAGAAUGGAAGGCUAGAUGGUGUUCAAUUGCGAUGAUACUUGUCUUGGUAGGUGGUUAGGAAGUAUGAUAUGUAUAUUGAUUUAACUUCAAACUUGGUUUAUGUAUGGGGUAUAAAUAUUAAAUGUUCUCUUUUACUUUG